AGUCUCCUUUUCUACCAAUGUUGCAAAUCGUAAAGGGGGCGGGGGAAGAUAGAUGGCGGAGAAAUGAUUCCCUAAGGGUUUAAAAUUUGUGUGGGUAGCUGUCUAUCAUAAAUAACUCCAGCCAAUUUCGCGUACAGUAGUUUUGACGUGGGGUUUCCGAUUUUCGUCAAAGUACAUUUUACAAGCAAACGAAAUUAAAAUCCUUCUAAAGCUGAAGUAACGAUUUAGAACAACAUAUAUUAAUGUAUAAGUCGGGAUUUUCUAUUGCGAAUUAAUUAGUGUCGCACGGGUUUGAUAAUCCACCAACAGCAGCUGAACAAUCUAGCCUAGCAGCCCCGACGGCAGAAUGGAAAGAUUUGAAUUGCAAAUGUGUAAUUAUUUGCCGCAGCUGAAGUUAAGAUUGAUAGUAUGUAGGUCUUUAUAUGACGAAAUUGAAAACUCAAAGCAAGAGGAAGAGCGCUGCCCAGCAUUCAAAGUUAACAAUGACUUCGUUUGCUGUGUCUUUCCCUCUUGUUUUUCUCGCGUCUUCCUUGCUGUCACAUUAUCCAGUCGAUUCUUCCAAUGUCAUCAUCACCACCGACGAUGGUAGCAAAGAUAAAGCGUACUGUAUGUAUGAGGAUAUGAUGUUUCAGUGUAAGACGGAAAAGGAAUGCGAUGGUGAAGAUUACGUGGACUGGGGACGCGGUAAGGGACAAGGAAAUGAUCCCAACCUAAAGCAGAACGAUUGUAAAUAUCCACAAACAUGUUGCCUGCCAUUUAAGAACUCCGAAGAUUCUGUGGAAAGAUACAAGAAGAAGGUCGCAGCGGAUAAGGGGAAGAGCGACGCAAUGUUCGCAUAGGGACGAAAGAUGAAAAAUGGCAUUCAUUAUCCCAUAAAAUAGAUUUUUCUGUAUAACAUCCACUUAACAACAUGCAUUUCUGAUUUUUCAACUCCCCCAAAGGACUGUCCGUUGAAAUUAUUUAUACAUGGUCAUGUUUUUCGAAUUGAUUCGAAUGAGAUUCGAAUUCUGAAUCUGUUAGAGGCAACGGACAGGAGCGUGGCCAAGCAUAUAAGAGGAAAUGGAAUCUUUGGCGGGGCUGUUAGGGGGUGUUAAGUUGAGCCGCAUUUAACCACAUGUUUGACGUCGUCCUUUUCAUACAUUUGGGCAAACUAGAUUGACUAUAAUUAUUGCAGGAUUAUGAGCUUUUUUGAUAUAAAAUAAAAAAAUAAGCAUCUUAACAUCAGAUUUAGCUAAUGACGCUCUAGCCUUAUUCACAAUUUGAGAAAAAAAAAAGGAUUUUUUAACAGGCAUCUAAUCAGUAUUCCUAAAGAGAUAUUACCUGAAUUAUUUUCAUAAAAUUAAGUUGUACAGUUCUGUCUAAACAUGGUUUUACAGCUAGAAAAUAAACUGUUGACACGAAACAUUA